AUGUCUGCACCAGCGACGGCCGCCGAGCAAGAAGAACAGCGGAAAGUUGUCGAGACAUUCCAAAAACUUCGGGAGCAACAGCAGGAAAUCGCGCAAGAAGUGACGAAGAUCGAGGAGGAAAAACGAGAGCAUGGGUAUCCGUUCUUGAUUUAGUCUUCCUUAAAUUGUUGGUUACAGUCGUGUGAUCGAUAUUCUAAAAGAUGUGGACCCUGAUCAGAAGUGCUUCCGAUUGAUCAGCGACACUUUGGUCGAGUACACGGUCCGCGACGUUAUUCCCGACCUCACGAAUAAUUUGAACAAUGUUUGAAGAGAAUUUUAGGGCUUAAAUGAUUAAUUUGGAUGUUUUUUCAGCUCACUCAGCUUUCGAAACAGCUCAACGACCAAUUGAUCGAGAAGGGAAAGACGCUGAAUGCACACAAGGAAAAGCAUAAUAUUCGUAUUUUAUCGGAGAAAGAGUCACAGGAACUCCGGGCCGGCAUGGCUCUUCAGUCUUGA